CUAUCGCUGUGCUCGAUACAUUUGCUUGUUUUCAAUCCGCGCUAUUUUGGCAUCAUUUUGUUUGCGGUUUUGUUUUAAAGAAAUAGCAAUGGAUUUCAAUCAGAGCGCCUACAACUUGGAGUUCUUCAAUUUCACACCGGAACAAAUCUCCGCCGAACGUGACAAUCUGGUGCAAACUCUCAUUGGCCGAGCGGUUGAGACAACGAUUCAGAAAAUUGAAACGCCCGCCACAUCUGCAUUGUUGAAUCAGAAAAAGGAUGCCGUUAUAAGCCUUAUGAUGGAGGCGUGCCAGGCGAGACUGGAUGGGUUGCGCGAGCUGGACAAAAGGAACUUUGAGGUGCCGCCGCAUGUGCUGCAGAUCAAGGACUUUGAGCUGGAGCAACAGUUCUCCAGCGAGGAGGAAGAAGCAAAGACAGCCAAAGUGGAAGAGCUGAAGCUGCGCUACCGGCAGAACAUGGCCAUGCUGGCCGAGCUGGAGGCGGAGCAGGAAAAGUACACGGCCAUUGAGCCGCUCGUGCAAAGAGAGCUGGAAAUGCAUCAGCAGAUUUACGCAGCCUGCGCCAACUGUGACAUUAAAAAGAUACACACUCUCGCAACGCUCAUGGCUAAGGAUCAAAAACUGUUCUAGAUCCCUAAAACUGGUUAUUCUUUAAGUAAUAUAAAUUGUUUUCAACCCAUAAGGUUAGCCAUAUGUACUAUCAGCUCUCUUGAGCGGACAGCCAGGCUUUCGUGUAUAAACUUUGUUUUAGUAAAAAAAUGUCUGUUAAUUAAUAAUUAAGCUUGUUAACCAUUAUGGCUAAAUAUGUGCAGUGAAAGCUUGCGUAGGCAGACAGCCAGGAUUCCACGUUUAUUGUCCUGAAAUUCCCACUUAAAAACUAUGUCUAAGAUAUUACAAAAACAUGGUUAACCUGGUUAAUACAUGAUAUUAUAUAAGGCAAGCUAGUUUAUUCGAAAAUUUA